GCUCCCAGAGCGGCCGGGGCGGGUGCGGCGGAGCCCCCAGCGCAGCGCGGAGCCCACCUGCCCGCGGGGUCAGCAGCGCCCCGAAACUUUUUCCCCCCCUCGUCCUUUGACUUCAGACAAACAGAUCUAUACAUAUUUUUAUCCCUCCGGCUUUUCCUCCAGGACUUUUCCACCGCCUUGGGACACCCGCAAACUUCUUGACUCCCACUUCCCUCCCGCCCCUCCUUUGCUGGUGGUUUUGUGCUUGUUUUGGUUUUGUUUUGCUACUUUUUUUUUUUUUUUAUUUUUUUUUUGUUUUGGUUUGGGGUUGUUUUUUUUUUUGUUUGUUUUUUUUUUUUAUUUCGGGAAGACCCGCCUGCUUUUGUUUUUUUCUCCUCCCGUGUCCCCCCGGCGAGGCCGGAGCGGCGCGGGCAGCACCUCCCGGCACACCGCGUGCGAGCCCGGCGCGGCUCGGCUCGGCACGGCCCGGCUCGGCACAGCACGGCACGGCUCGGGCGCUCGCCCCCGAUAAUGCAGAGCUACAAGUACGAUAAGGCGAUCCCGCCGGAGAGCAAGAACGGGGGCAGCCCGGCGCUGAACAACAACCCGGCCAAGAGCAGCAGCAAGAAAGCCCUGCUCAUCUGCCUCGACUUCCUCUGCCUCGUCAUGGCUGCAUUGCCCUUCCUCAUCAUUGAAACAAGCACAAUCCAGCCCUAUCAGCGGGGUUUCUACUGUGAUGAUGACAGCAUCAGGUACCCGCUGAAGACGAUGGAGACUAUCAAUGACGCAGUGCUGUGUGCUGCAGGCAUCCUCAUUGCCAUCCUCGCUAUUAUAACAGGAGAGCUCUACCGCAUCCACUAUCUGAAGGAGAAGUCACACUCCUUUAUCCAGAAUCCGUACGUGGCAGCACUCUACAAGCAAGUUGGCUGCUUCGUUUUUGGCUGCGCCAUUAGCCAGUCCUUCACAGACAUUGCCAAAGUGUCCGUCGGGCGCUUGCGGCCACAUUUCCUGGAAGUUUGCAAUUUGGAUUUCUCCACCAUCAACUGCACUAAGGGAGUUUACAUCCAAAACUACACCUGCAGGGGAAGUGACAGCAAGGUCCAGGAAGCCAGGAAAUCUUUCUUCUCUGGGCAUGCGUCCUUCUCCCUCUAUACAAUGCUGUACUUGGUGUUCUAUCUGCAGGCCAGAUUCACGUGGAAGGGAGCCCGCCUGCUCCGUCCCCUCCUCCAGUUCACCCUCAUCAUGAUGGCAUUUUACACUGGCCUGUCCCGUGUGUCGGACCACAAGCAUCACCCCACCGAUGUGCUGGCAGGCUUCGCACAGGGAGCCCUGGUGGCUUACUGCGUGGUGUUUUACGUCUCAGAUCUCUUCAAGCCCAAGACAAAGACUUGCCUGCCUCCACCAUCCAUCCGGAAGGAGAUCCUUUCAUCUGUGGACAUCAUUGAACGGAAUAACCAUCACAACAUGGUGUAGACCUUUGAGAAAUCAAUGGGUGUUGCAUUUUAUUUUUAAUUUUUUAAUUUUUUUUUUUUUUUUUUCAAAAAAAUGACUGCUGACAGCAACUACCUGCUGCUCUCAAAUCUCAUCAGACAGUAGAAUGUAGGGA